CCUUAAGGGCCGGUGGCGUUGGGCCCGGGUGGGAGCUGACCCGGCGCGGGAUCUGAGCGCAAGCCGGAGCGGGAUCUAGAGCAGAACCCAGGGCGGGGCCCGGAGCACGACCCGGAGCGGGGCCUGGAGCAGCGCAGCAUGGCGUCGUGCGGAGCGCAGCGGCGGGUGCUGCUGCUGCUGCUCGUGCUGCUGGCGGGCGCGGCGCGGGCCGGCCUCUACUUCCGUCCCGGCCACAGCUGCUACCACGCCCGGCGCGGGGACCCGCUGGCUGCGCAGGGCCGCAGAACCUACCCCCGGCCUCAUGAGUAUCUGUCCCCGUCAGACCUGCCCCAGAGCUGGGACUGGCGCAACGUGAAGGGCGUCAACUAUGCCAGCAUCACCAGGAACCAGCACAUCCCCCAGUACUGUGGCUCCUGCUGGGCCCAUGGCAGCACCAGCGCCAUGGCAGACCGGAUCAACAUCAAGAGGAAGGGCGCGUGGCCGUCCACCCUGCUGUCCGUGCAGAACGUCAUCGACUGCGGUGACGCAGGCUCCUGCGAGGGUGGCAACGACCUGCUGGUGUGGGCCUACGCCCACACGCACGGCAUCCCCGACGAGACCUGUAACAACUACCAGGCCAAGGACCAGGAGUGUGACAAAUUUAACCAGUGUGGCACGUGCACGGAGUUCAAAGUGUGCCACGUCAUCCAGAACUACACCCUCUGGAAGGUCGGCGACUACGGCUCCCUCUCUGGGCGGAAGAAAAUGAUGGCAGAAAUCUACGCCAAUGGCCCCAUCAGCUGCGGGAUCAUGGCGACAGAAAGUAUGGAUAAAUACUCUGGCGGCAUCUACGCGGAAUACAGCGAGGAGGCCUCCAUAAACCACAUCGUCUCGGUGGCUGGCUGGGGUGUCAGCAACGGGACCGAGUACUGGAUUGUCCGCAACUCAUGGGGUGAACCAUGGGGCGAGAGAGGCUGGAUGCGGAUUGUCACCAGCACCUACAAAGGCGGGAAGGGUGACAGCUACAACCUUGCCGUGGAGAAGUCCUGCACUUUCGGGGACCCCAUUGUUUAAGGCGGCUCUGGAAGAGCAGCUGGUUGA